AUGGCAGUCCCACGCCAGCGGAUAUUGGACCUCAUGAAGGUCCAAUGCCGCGUCUUCAACACGACGUACAACCCCGAGCGCCUCCGGCUGGGCAGUCGCAUCCUCCACCAGCGCCUCAAGGGCCCCUCGGUCGCUUCGUACUAUCCGCCGCGGAUAGGCGCAAUCUCGCAGCUGCGCAAGCUCUACCCGAAAUUUGAGAUAAUUGAUGAGGAGGAGGAAGACUGGAUUGAGCAUCUGAACAUGGCGCGAUCAAGAGGGAAAGCGCCGCCCAAGAAGAAGAGGACGGCUGCUGAAUCGAAGAAGUUCACCAAGAAGAGGUGA